AUGGUCUCCUUAACCAAGCUUGCUACUUUUGCGAUUGCUGCGUCUGCACAAGUUGAGUGCUUAUCGUUACUAGACAGAUACAUUGAUCGUGCAUUGUUAGUAUUUACCCACAAAUCGGAACCAGGACUUUCGCAAUUUUUCAAGCCCAACUAUCCUUUGAUUCAGCUGAUUGCACACUCUGAUCAGGACACCAAGCCCGUUUUUGGUGACUCUCCGAUUGAAAUUUGUGAUAUUAAAGAAGCGCAAUUAUUAACUCUUGAUGAAGUAAUAAUUACACCAAACCCACCUGAAGCUGGUGCAAAUCUUACAUUCACUGCAACAGGGACAAUAGACAAAACCAUUACAGACGGCGCUUAUGUCGAAGUCGAUGUGCGUUACGGAUUCAUCAAGUUGAUUCACCAGACGUAUGACUUAUGUAAAGAGAUCACUAAAGUUGAUUUAAAAUGUCCCGUGAAUCAAGGAAAACAAGUCAUUUCUAAAACAAUCGAAAUUCCUCAAGAAGUACCACCUGGAAGGUAUUUCGUGACUGCUAGAGCUUAUACUAAAGACGAUGAGUAUAUCACUUGCUUAACUGCAACAGUAGUCUUUCCAGCAAUAUUUUUUAUAAUCCUACGAGAAACGCUUGAAACGGCGAUUAUAAUUUCGGUUCUUUUAUCAUUUAUAAAUCAAAGGUCGCAUAAACCAAAUGAUGCAGUACCACCAACACAGCAGCAGCAACAUGGCACAAGCUCGCAACAAGUCGAGUCUGCUUUACUGUCCAAAGCUGUGCGAUUAACUCAAGUGCAAAGAAAAUUGAAACUACAAGUAUGGGUAGGUGCAUUUUCAGGACUUGUCAUUUGUUUCAUUAUUGGGUUGAUUUUUAUUUUGUCCUUUUAUUUCAUUGGUAAAGAUUACUGGUCGUAUACAGAAAGGGUAUGGGAAGGAGUGUUUUCUAUCUUGUCUAGUGCUAUAAUCACCGUGAUGGGUAUUGGGUUAUUAAGGAUAAAUAAAGUGAUGAAGUUGAAAUGGUGGAUCAAAUUGGGUGACGCGUAUAAUGGCAACGAUUUAGAUGAGGAAGGAGAAGAAGAAAUCGCUAAAUGGGGCGAUGAUAAUGGCGAUAGCAAUGUCACGCUGGUUGCAGAUGAGAGAGUUGUUAGCACUGAAGAUGCAGGGGCAGUGGCUAAUUAUGGAGGUACAAGAUCAAGUUCUGAAUCUGAAACUAUUCCAUUGACUUUGGGGGCAGCAGCGGCAGCGGAUAAUACCAUUACAACACCAACACCAACAACAACAACAACAACUACUACGAAUAAGUCGCUACCAUCUUCGGGUACUAUGAAACCACGUAAAAAACAGGGCUUUAGUAGGAAGUAUUUCUUGGCUAUAUUACCACUCGUCACCACACUCAGAGAAGGAUUAGAAUCAGUAGUGUUCAUUGGAGGCAUAGGCUUAUCGCAACCACUAACAUCGAUUCCGUUGUCUAUUAUAUGUGGUAUAACAUUCGGAUCUCUGAUUGGGUACCUACUAUAUAAAGGAGGCAAUAAAUUGUCUUUACAGUACUUUCUUAUUUGCUCAACAUGUUUUUUGUACAUUGUUAGUGCAGGGUUGAUGAGUCGUGGAGUGUGGUUUUUGGAAUUAGAAUCAUAUGUUCGCAAGUGCAAUGGACUAGAUGUAAGCGAGACCGGGAGUGGUCCAGGGUCAUAUGAUAUUGUCAAAAGUGUAUGGCAUGUGAAUUGUUGUAAUGGAUUAACUGAUGGUUGGUGGAUGGUUUUGAACGCUAUAUUUGGAUGGACCAAUUCUGCCACCUAUGGUAGCGUUAUUACUUAUUGCAGCUAUUGGUUAGCUGUGAUCAUAUGGUUGAAGGUGAAACUAUAUGAGGAAAGACAUGGUUUGUUACCUUGGAUUCCUGUAAGAUGGCAAAUUAAAAGAAUAAGGAAAAAAAUUAGAUUAUUUGAGUUGAAAAAUAGUCAAAGUCUACAAGUGUUGGAGAAUGGAAAUCAAAACAGAGCGGAGGAUAUCGAGGCUGAGGCUGAGGCCCAGGGUUUGCUAGAGGGAAUAUAG